AUGGUUGUUCUCGCAGCAUCAAUAUGCACCCGGGGGGGCAAGGCAGUGCUCUCGCGUCAAUUCCGGGAGAUCGCCCGCUCCAGGAUUGAAGCUUUGCUCGCGUCCUUUCCAAAGCUCGCUGAUUCCGGAACUCAGCAUACAACCGUUGAACAGGACAAUGUUCGCUUUGUCUACCAACCUCUUGACGAGCUAUACAUCGUCCUCAUCACGAACCGCCAAUCCAACAUCCUUCAAGACAUUGACAGCCUUCAUCUUUUCGCCCAAGUGACCACAAGCAUCUGCAAGAGCUUGGACGAGCGGGAGAUCGUUCGCAAUGCCUUCGAAUUGCUUAGCGCGUUCGACGAGAUUGUGACGCUGGGAUACCGAGAGAACCUGUCGCUUUCUCAGAUCAAGACAUUCCUGGAAAUGGAAAGUCACGAAGAGAGAAUACAGGAAAUUAUUGAAAGAAACAAAGAGCUCGAAGCCAGCGAGGAGCGCAAAAGAAAGGCGAAGCAGCUGGAGAUGCAGCGAAAGGAGGCAGCUCGCAGUGGCCGUUCUAUGGCACCCAGGACUCCAUCCUAUCCUGUAUACACUCCUCCAUCACGUCCUGCUGCGCCCGAAACAUAUGAUACUUAUGAGGCGGAGAAGAAGAAGUCAUUUGCGAAGACGUUGCCCACACGCGGAAAAGGCAUGCAACUUGGCAAGAAAUCCAAGACCACAGAUAUCUACGAGAAAGUUCGAGGUGAUCUGGGCCCCGAAGUUGAGGAAUCAAGUCCGUUGGUGACUCCCCAAGUUUCGACGACGGCGGGCGAGAAUGCCCCAUCCGCUCGUGCCUCAUUAUCCGCCGACAGAGAGCCUAUCCAUAUCACUAUUGCCGAAACAAUUUCUGCCAAACUUACCCGUGAAGGUGCCCUGAAGUCGUUCGAGGUGAAGGGCGACCUCCAGCUUCGUAUUACCGACCCAUCUUUCACAAAACUCAAGCUGGACCUGCUGGCCAAUCCUACACAUGGCGCACAGUUCCGCACCCAUCCAAAUGUUGACAAGGCCGUCUUCACCAACUCCUCAGCCAUUCAGUUGAAAGACUUGACCAAGCGUUUCCCAGCCAACAACUCAAUUGGCGUCCUUCGCUGGCGCGUUGCUAGCUCGGGGUCAGAAAAUGCUGAUAUUCUCCCCAUCACGUUCACAGUGUGGGUGAAUAAGGGCUCCGACUCAACCACUGUAACCAUCGAGUAUGAGCUCACGGGCUCGGAUACACUGAGAGAUGUGGUCGUUUCCAUACCUUUUGGUUCGACAGAGCCUACCGUGUCCAGCUUCGACGCUGUCUAUGAGGUUUCGGGGGAUAGUUUGGACUGGAACAUCGGUACUGUGGACGAGACCAACGCUUCAGGAAGCUUUGAAUUUGAAUCCGCAGGCGACGGGGACGAAAAUGAGUUCUUCCCGAUGAAUGUGCGCUUCUCCAAAGCUAGUCCUUUCGUCGAAGUGGAUGUGACCAACGUGUCCCUUCUCGAGAUGGAAGGGGAGAGCACAGGAUUCUCGAAAGAUGUGAGAAGCAUUGCUGAGGGCUACGUUAUUGAAUAA